AUGACGGACGGACAGCGAGUUUGCCUCGAGGAGGAGAGCCUGAAGAUCAGAGACCGAGACAGCGGCCGCGACGCCGACCUGCGACGACAACACGCGGCGGAUGCGACUGACGCCCGCCUCGCCAACCUCGCCAACCUCGCCGACAUGGACCGCUCCAAGCUGCGCAUCUCCAAGGCGUGCGAGGAGUGCCGCCUGCGCAAGAUCCGCUGCGACGGCGGCGAGCCGUGCCAGCGCUGCCAGUUUCGGGAUGUCGUCUGCGAGUACCGGACGAAGGCGCGCAACCGGACGAAGAAGAGCGAUUUGCUGGGGGCCGGUGCGAACACCGGCCGCGGCAGCGACGAUAUCAACCACAGUAGCCCUCGGUCCCAUCCUCGGCGCCCUGCCUCUGGGGCCGCGACGCGCCCUGCCGACACGCCGUCCUCGGCCACGGGCGGCCGCAACAGCAGCCUGCAGAACCACAGCGUGGCGGCGACCCACCGCGCGUCGCCGUCGGUCUUUUUGCAGCUCUACUACGGCCCGUCGUCCAACUUUUCCCUCUUGAACGCCAUAUACCACCGCAUCGAAGGCCGGACCGCGGCCGAGGCGCAAAGGCGAAAGGCUGCAAAGGCCAACAGCGCGCAUGGCGUGGAGGGCGCAAAUGGCGGCGGCACACACGAGCAGGACGACCAGGACGACGACCGCGACGACGAGGACGAGGACGACGACCACGACGAGGCCGAAACCACGCGCGAAGUCGAAGAGUUCGGCCCCGGCCUCGACCUGUUCAACAACCGGCGCCUCUACUUUGGCGACCUGACCAACGGCGCCGAGUCCUCGUUCAACCUCUGCGGCAACGGCUCCUUUACCGACGGCGCCUCCAUGUUCAUCGACCGCGCGCUCGCCGAGCGCCUUCUGGAGCGCUACCUGGCCACCUUUUGGCUCGUGCUGCCCAUCUGGACGCGCGACACCUUCCGGCAGCGCCUUGCCGGCUUCUACGACGCCACCUGCCUGCUGACCGAGGGCAACCCGGACACGGUCAUUAUCCUUUUGGCGCUCGCCCUCGGUGCGACCAUGCUCGAAGAAGAGCUGGCCGCCCAGUACCUGUACCGCAUGGCGCGGCGCUGGGCGGCCGGCCUCGACGAAAUGGUCAAUGUGUCGACGGUCCAGAUCUCCCUCAUGAUGUCGCACUAUGAGUCCGAGCGCGCCCGCCCCAACUCGUCGUUUUUGCUGGUGGGUACCGCCGUGCGCAAGGCCGUCGCGGCGGGGCUGCACAAGGGGGUGGGCGGCAGCGGCCGGGGCCACGCGGCCAAGCAGUCGCCCGACGCGGCGCGGCAGAUGCGCGUCACGGUGUGGAGCCUCUUUUUUUGGGAGACGUGGCUGUGCUUUUCGCUGGGCCGGCCGAGCUCGUUCCCCGAGUCCGAGAUGGACGUGCCGUUCCCCACGGAGGAAAAGCUGCUGCACAACGUGGUGACGCUGGCCCGCAUCAUGUCCAAGAGCGCCGCCUGCGUCUACCGCCGCCACCACGAUUCGCUGCUGACCCUGUGGAAUGCGGCCAACGACAUCCGGCGGGAGCUGCGCGCGUUUGCCGAGCAGCUGCGCGACGACUUUAAUUUUGGCGUGAUUGACGACCCGACGUCGGGCGAGGUGGGCGUGCGCCAGACGAUUGUGUCGACGUUGUACCACCACACCCUCAUCCUCACGUUCCGGCCGUUCCUGGUGAUUCGCGCCACCAUGCUCCGGGAAGACAGCGAAGGCGCCGGGCAGCCGCACCCGCCGCCGCCGCGCUGGCUCGACACCGCCUGCGAGUACUGCCUGGACGCGGCGCGGCACUCGAUUGCGUUUCUGAUCCGCGCGUUUGAAAAGAACGAAAUGUGCCGGGCCAUCCGCUACCAUGUGUUCUUCAUCGAAGGCGCCUCGCAGGUGCUGGCCUUUGAAAUCCUGCACCACGACGCCGCCGGCCGCGAGUCCAACCUGCCGUGGAUCCAGCUGGCCAUCCGCGCGCUGCAGCUGGUGCUGCCCAAGCACAAGAUUGGCCGGCCUCUGCCUGUCGACCUGCCGAGCAACCUGGAGCGCAUGGUCCAGGUUGUCUACCCUGAUUUCCGGGCGGACCAGGUGGGCACGGGGGCGGUGCUGCCGGGGAUUCCGUCGAUCAAGGUCAUGGAGCGCACGACGACGACGGCAGGGGCGGCGGCGGCGGGAGCUACGAAUGCAGGCACGGCUACGGCUACGGCUACAGCUACGACAUCGUCUGGCCGCACAGGCGACCACGACAUGACCAUGACGGACCAGGAGAGCGGAUCGGCGGCGGCAGGCCCUCUGUAUGGCACGUCUGCCCCAAAUACGGGUGCUGGGGCGGGAAGCAGUGGUAUGACAGCCGGCGCACCGCCGUCUUCGUUUGUUCCACAACAUCAGCUACAGCAGUACCAGUACCAGCCACAGCAGCAACAACAACAGCAGCAGCAACAACAACACCUCGUGAUGAACCCGCUUCCGCCCAGCAUGUCCAGCAUGGGAGGCGGAGGGCUGGGCGGCGGAGGACCACUCGACAGCGGCGGUCAGAAUGGCGGUGGUGCCACGGGCACCAACACCAACACCCACCACGGCGGCCACUUUAGCAGCCUCCACCUGACCGACCUCAGCAGCCUCAGCAACCUCAGCAACGCGCUGCCGCCGCUCCUCUUCCCCUUUACGCCGUUUGGCGGGCUCGACGACUCGUCGGCCACGUCGGCGCCGCCCGGCCACAACACGGCCGGCACAGCGUCGAUGCAGUCGCCACACGGGCCGCCCGGCAGUGGAGGGGGUGCUGGUGCUGGUGCUGCGCCUGGCAGCUCGUCGCAUACACCGGGCGCGCCGGGCACGGGCAGCGGCGACGCGCCACCGCUGGACCUGACGGCGGCCGAUCUGGGCUGGGACUUUGAUUUUGGCACGAUGAACAUGGAGGCGUUCCUGUCCAUUGACCCGACAAUGCCGUACAACUAUUGA